AUGAAGGACUGGAGGAAGGUCGAGACGUNACUGGAGGAAGGUCGAGACGUGCGCGUCAAGAACAAAGUGUACCACGUUUAUUCCGAGUUCCCGGAAUUCGGCGUCAAGGAAAUCAAGGCGUUUGCGACCACCUUUCAAAAGUGGGACAUGGAUAAGGACGGAUUCCUGAACCUUCUGGAGUUGAAGAGAAUGAUGGAACACUUGGGGGCGCCGCAGACGCAUUUGGGUCUCAAGCAAAUGAUCAAAGACGGCGGCAAUCACGACAUGUUGGACGCCAUUUCCUUCAGAGAGUUUAUGCACAUUUUGCAAAAGGCCAGAGCCGGAGAGCUGGAAAAUUCUGCUCUCAACGAAUUGGCGAAGCUCACGGAAAUCGACGUCGUUGAAGUCGGUGUUGGAGGAGCGAAAACUUUCUUCGAGGCUAAAAUCAAGGAGCAGUCAGAAGCGUCGAAAUUCGAAUCGGAACUGAAAGCAGAGAAGCAGGAAAAGGAGAAGCAAGCCGUUGAGCAGAAACAGCGUCGAGCGGCUUUCAAAGACAAGGCCAACUUUUUCGAAAAGGCUGUCAACAGUGCCUGAAACGUGGUCUUACGACAGCCAACACAUGAAAAACAAUUCAAGAGCUUGCUGUUUAAAACGUGCUAGUGCAAAAAAAAAAAGCGAGAGAGAUGGAAAAAAAAAUUCUGCUUUCCAUUAAAGUUGAUUGAUCGCAUGCAAAUUGUGCCUCUCACGAAUCGCAGAAAAACAAUUCCGAUCCAUGAAGCCGAGUGAGCGGAGUGCAUCAAUAAUGAUGAUAACAUUGAGCGGAAAUCUUGUGUAUUGUACUGUACUGUAAAAUAUGUAACAUAUGUGUUUUCAAUGGUUCCGUCACGAUUGUUUAAAAGUUUAUUUGAUUCGAAAAGCAAAUUUUGGGUUGUUGUGCUGUGCGUUGGGUUUAUUCCAAGGAGGCGUAUUUGCACCCGGGAAUUCGGCAUUUUUAUUUUUUUUUGCUUCGGUGGUACGUAAACAAUUUGGUGAAUCAAAAAAACAAACAAAAAAAACAAAGGGACCGUACGUGUUUUUGAUGCUUUUUUCGACAAAUUUAUGUUGGUUGUGUUACCGUUCAUAUGAGCCGAGAUGAAAAAAUGAUCCUAUUCCUGCUUC